CUAGAUAAAAUAAAAAUUAGAUUUUAAUUUACUUUAUUUGAGGUUCUAUUAUAUUAUUAUGAGAUGUAAUCGAUAACUUAUUGAUUACUUUGUAGCAAUUACUAGACGGGUCAUUUCACAAAAUAAACAAUAACCUUUGAUUUAAAAUUGAUAUUUUAGUGUUCUAAACUGUGGUAUUAAAUUUAAAAAAGAUGGCACCUCAACGCAAAGUAACAAUGAAACAACUUGACAUCAUGGUCAAAUACUUUGAAUCACAUAAGCAUUUAGUAGGUAAAUCAAGAACCCAAACAAUUGCAAACAAUAUGAUUGCACAAGAAAAAUGGUUAGCAGUGAGCAAGAUAUUAAAUGCUGUAAAAGGAGGUGCUGUACGGACUCCAGAGCAGUGGAGAAGGUAUUUUACGGAAUGGACAAGUAAAUGUCGUAAAAAGGCUAAUAAUGCACUCAAAAAUGGCGAAAAGAAAAUGACAUUAAAUGAUAUUGAAAUAAGACUCUUGCAAAUAGUUGGAAACGUUGGAAUGAAAGUAAGCCCAAAAUCUUCAUCAUCAUCAAGUGAAACUGAUAAUUUGAAAGAAGACUAUAGCAUGGAUAUUAAAACUGAAUAUUCUGAAGUUGAAUUGGUUUUUGCUGAAGAUUAUAAUACAGAGGAAAUAAGAAACAGUUCCAAUUGUAAGAAACAAUCAGAUUCCGCAGUUAAGGACAUAAAUUUGCAUGAGCAACAAAAUGAGAAAUCAUAUGUGACUCCACCUCCUCAAUGGGCCUUAGAUUUAGAAGAACGGAGAGUAAAUUCACAAGAGAGAAUGGCCGAUGCCCUCCAGUCAAUAGCAAGUACUCUCCGUAGUCAGGAACAAAGGAGAAACUUGCUUGAUAAAAAAAUUGCAAAUAGCCUCACUGCCAUUACAGACAAAAUACAAGAACUUACCAGUGGUAUCCAAUUUGUAUUGCAAGAUAUAGAGGAGUGCAAGGAUGCAAUAAAGAAGAUGCCACAUUGAAAGAAGUUAUUAUUCUAUAGUAGAUUUCAACUCUGCUGAAAAUAAUACCAGGUUUCAUCUACACCACCUUGAUGGCAGGAGGUCUUUCACAGUCUCCCCACUAACAUGGGUGUCCAAGGGCCUUUUAUGCCUGCACCUUAAGCUAGUCUGCUCCAUAUCAUACAAAAAGUAAUAAAAGAAAGCAGUUAGUCUAAUGUAAAAAGCUAUUGCGUUGAAAUUUGUUUGAGCCUUACAUAUAGAAAAAGAUGGAACAUGAACUUGUAGCCUCACCUCUGUACACUUGUGGACUUUACAAUCCUUGUCCACAUAAUAUUCUGAGAAUGCUCUAGAACCAAAAAUCAAGUGUUUGGGUCAGGCCAAGAAGGUUGAUGCUUGCCUAUUACGAAAGAAGAAAAUAAAGAAACAGAAGUAAGAUAGAAAGCAAAGGCAAAAGGAUUGUGGCGACAUUAGUUUAAUAGAUGGCAAAGAGAAAGUCAAAAUUUCCUUAGUAGUAAAUUAGGGUUUUCGAUUGAAGUUGUGUAAAUAUUUGAAAUAAUGUCUUGGAAAUAAUAUAUAAGCUUAGUUAUA